AUGAGUGCUGGGAGGUUGUAUAGAGGGUCUUGUAUUCCUCGCAUCUAUCGAUUGGGUCGCACUGCUGCCAUAUCCCAGAUCAAUGCAUCUACUGUUGGACUUGGCUUGUCAUAUCCUAGGCUGACUAUUCAUACAAAACACACAUCACUUGAUCGUCCACUACAUAACCAGACAUUGAGCAAUCCAGUAGCCAGAGAGUUUGAUCUGGACCAACUUGCCAAGUCUCUACUGGACCUCCUUCCACAGCAACACAUUCCCUAUCUAGACCACCAUCUGCACUCUCCAUCAGACAACAUAUCAGUUUCGCCAUAUCCUUCCACUAAUCCUCUAAAGAUUGAUAGCAUGACAGAUCCCAUUCCUGUUGUGCUCACAAACAAAAACAUGACAAUGGGAAUUGCUGUUGGAAGGGGAAAUUGGCUGUACAUGGUACCAGGUGUGUUUGCAGGCGAGGUUGUUAUGGGCAAGGUAUACCAAAACCUGGAUGGUGUGUCGUUGAUCCAUCUCACUAAUGUUGUCAAGUCGCACCCAGAUCGUGUCCAGUCUCCAUGUCGCCAUUUCAACACAUGUGGUGGAUGCCAGAUGAUGCACAUGUCCUAUGAUCGCCAAAUGUCUAUGAAACAUGAUAGAGUGUGGUCUGCAUUUGUGCAGACUUUGGGUGAAUCUCUUGCUGGCCAUCUUGUCAUGCCCACUCUAUCUACUUCAAAACAAACUGGAUACCGUCACUACAUUCAUGGACAUCGUGGCAAAGUACCUGUAGGACAGCAAAUGGAUUGUUUUGGAUUUUUAGGCAAAGGGGAAGCCAACCAGGUGAUUGAUAUUGAUAGUUGCUCAGUUUCUAAUACCACCGUGAAUGCCGGAUUCGCUUCCAUGAAAAAUACAAUGCGGUUGAUUCGUAAUUACGGACCGAUGGAGCAACCUGCUUCCAAACACUUUAUAUGUGCAACUGCAUCUCCGCCAAACAACAUGUCCUUUAGCGAGUUUCUCCCUCAAUUCAUCCAUGCUAGAAAUGUAGUGCGUCAAGCAAAACUACAUGGUAUUCAUUCUGGCAUUGAUGAUAAGGACUUGAUUCAGGCAAAAAAAGUGUUGGCAUCGUGGGGUUCAGGAAUCGUCACCAACAAGGAAACAAUCGUUACUAGUCUUGUAGAUGAUACAAUUAUCCGAUUUCCAGCUGGACAUAGCCCUUUGGACAAUCUGUACCUUGUACCUACCAUGGUAUCAUUUAUUCGCGAUUUGAUACACACGCAUCUUCCUGCACAAGAUCGGCAUACAUUGGUGGAUGCGUAUUGCAGAUCUGGUGUUUUUGGACUCUUGCUUGCUCCAUUGUUUGAACAUGUUGUUGCAAUCGAGGCGCAUACAAGUUUAUCCAAAUGUGCAUUUUCCAAUGCUGCUGACAAUCAAAUCAACAACUACACUCUUCACAAUGGUUCUGUAGAAGAAUGGUUUUCAACUCUAUCUAAUCAACCAAAUCUGCAAGUCUCGAUGGUGUUUUGCCAUUCUCCGGUUCAGGGAUUGUCUGUCGAUGCAUUGGACAGAUUGCUACAAUUUGGCCCUCGUAUGAUUGUUUUAUUGCAUGCAGAUGCUUAUAUUCAAAGUUUAGAUGUAGCGUAUCUUUUAGGAUUCAAGCGGUUCAAAGAAAUGGACAUUCUUGAGCAGCAUUCUAAUAGUGAAUUUAAAGGCUACAAUCACAUUACCAAAAAGACUUGGCGGUCGCUUUCUUCUCGGCGACUGUUUGAUCUUGAUGGAAGAUACGCUGCCAAAAAGGCAAAUGUAACCAUGGUAGAUCAAUCCUAUCGUAUCUUGUCAAUCACGCCCGUUGAUAUCUUACCACACCAAAUAGAGGUGGGAUCUGUUACUGUUCUAAUAAAGAAAUAG